CUGAUUCACGCCUGCCACCGACUCAAUCGUUUCAAGUUUGAAAUCUGAUAGAAUUCUAUCUUAAUAGCGGAAAGCACUGGACUACGGGACACCAUCCGCACAGAGUGGAUUUCAAGGGACAGCGAUGGGAAUUCCGGGUUGACCUGGUUAAAAGCUAAGGGCAUUUAUGGAAUCGCCGGUGAGGUGAAAGGGGGUUAGUACGACGCUGCCGGGAGAUUUGCCACUUCUCCGCCACCGAGAAGACCGAUGGGGUAUGGAACCGUGUUUCAGUAAGAUGCUAAGACUUGUUGUUAAUUGCGUUGUGGUUUACCGUUUUGCCAUCAUGGUUUGUAGAUCAAAUUCAGUAACGGAAACGAGAUGUGAGGUUUGGUAUGUUAAAUCGGAUCCGAAUCAGGUUCCAUAUACUUUCCUUGUCAGAUUACUGACUGAAAGCCACUUCAAAGACUUGGCGCAACAGGUUCUUUGCUGAAUAACUAUUAAUAAGUCAGAUGAUGAUUGAAAGUGUCCUCUGGCAGGUACUCUAGCUAGGCAGAAGAUCAGCUGACACAGGUAUUCUACAUGUCCUUGUUGCCAGAGGUACCAUGGUACUCAAGAUAACAACCCAAUCAGCUUUGUGUGAUACAACAAUUAUCAAGGAUUAGUCAGCUUUGUAACCUUAAAAGAAUUGUUAUUAUCUGCAGUAAAAAUCUCUGACAAAUUAGCUGAUACUGUUAAUGGAAUUAACUGUAAUUAAGAAUACAUGCAAGAGGUAGUUCUACUCAAAAUGCAUCAUAAAAUUGUCCAGUACAUUACUGAAUUGAUGAUAUUUCAAAGCACUUUUAUAUAUAGUACUCAUAUUCUCAUGAUCUGCUGUUUGCAGAACAUGCCAAUAUCGAAGCUGCGCAAAUCUUUUGUUUUCCCAGCAUCGGGUGCAAGCGGUGCUGUUACUGCUACCAUUUUGCUUGAUAUAUUCCUCCACCCCACUGCUAGACUCUACUUUAUCAUCCCCGUUCCUGCCAUGCUGCUGGGGAUGUUUUUACUUGGGCAGGAUUUCUUAAGGGUGAAUUCGGGAUACAUGUUUAUCUCAGGAUCCACACACUUGGGUGGUGCCACAGUUGCAGCCAUAGUCUGGGUCUGGGCAACGACUUCGGAAGAGGCGCGUUGAGUUUAAAUGCUGUGCAGCCUGAUUACUUAGGCGUCAUGUAUCAGAUGUUCUGAGUAGGAAACUUAGGUAUGGCACAUGUUACUGCUAGCCAGUGCCGUCAAGUAGAAGACUGAGAUGUAUAACGUGAAGUUCUGAUGGUUCAGAUACAUUUUGGGAAAAACGAAAGAACAACUAUUCUCUGUAUACUGACCUUAUUUCCUUCUUUCAAAAGCACAUUGUGCAUUUGUGCCUAUGAAAGAAAACUCGGAGAGAGAGAAUCAACUUGACCUUGACCUUUGGUGUUGCUUAUAUAGGUAUAUUACAAAGUAUAUUACAACUGUACUAUUUCCUUGGGUUUAUGAAUCUUUGGAUCUUACAUAUUCUAAUUUCCGAUUGUAUAUGAAGAUCUCUGUCUCUGAUUCUCAUGCUUC